AUGGAGAAGAUACAAGAACAGAAAGAAAAACAAACCCCCAAAACCGUAUGGGACUGCGGCAGCUCACUCUACGACUCGUUCGAACUCAAGUCCUUCGAACGCCAGCUCGACUCCGCCAUCAUCGCUUCGCGGACCCUGUCCAUGCCCCACCUACCCGACCGCCGAGCACAUCUCCCUCCUCCAACCCCCCAACCCAAGCCCAUCUCCAGAAAGCCAUAUUCAAAAUUCUCUCGCUCGUUUCACAAGCUCCUCAAAUCCGUCUUCGGCCCGAAGCAAAACGCCAGCUCGACGUUGUUUAGCCUCGAAGCAUCACGGCAGGACGGGGUUUACGUUGUUUGUAGCAGCAGCUCCGGUUCUUCGCUUUCCACGAUUCCUGAGGUGGCGGAGUACGGCGGAGUCUCGCCGGAUUUGGAUAAGUCGUUGGUGAAGAGGUCGGCUUCUGAGCGGUUUACCGCCACUUCUGUCGGUAUUUCAUGUGCUUGAUUUUUGUUUGAUAGAGAUCUAAACCUCUGACCAUGUAAUAUUACUAACUAAUAUCAUGUCAUGUGAAGGGUAUAUUAAUAUUAGUAUCUUUUUCUCGUGAAUUACUAGAAAGUUUUAAUAGAGUAGUAGGAGUACUUUAUUACUGUAAUCUUUUUUUUUUUUUUGAUCCUCUUUAUUAUACUGUAAUCUGAUUUGACUUUAGUUGCCUUCUUGAUUUGUA